GAGUGUGGAAGACUAAGGGAACGCGGCAGAAGCCGGGAGAGGAGGCACGGCGGACAGCGCGGGCAGGCAGAGCUGUCAGGGGAAGGACAGGGCUGCCUCGGGCACCCACGGCCGCAGCGCGGGGCAGCCGCCCCGGCCCGCCCGCUCGCCGCGCUCCGCCCGCCCGCCCUCUGUCCCUCCCGCCGGCACCAUGGUGGAUAGGGGCCCUUUGCUGACCUCGGCCAUCAUCUUCUACCUGUCCAUUGGGGCCGCGAUCUUUGAGGUGCUGGAGGAGCCCCACUGGCGCUCGGCUGCCGACGACUACAAGCGGCAGAAGACGGAGCUACUCAAGCAGUUCCCUUGCUUGGGCCAGGAGGGGCUGGACAAGAUCCUGCAGAUUGUGUCAGAUGCUGCUGGAGAGGGGGUUGCCAUUACUGGGAACAAUACCUUCAACAACUGGAAUUGGCCUAACGCUGUGAUCUUUGCUGCUACUGUAAUCACUACAAUCGGUUAUGGAAAUGUUUCUCCAAAGACACCCUCUGGGCGUCUCUUCUGCAUAUUUUAUGGGCUUUUUGGAGUUCCUCUCUGCUUGACGUGGAUCAGUGCUCUGGGGAAGUUCUUUGGAGGACGUGCCAAGAGGCUGGGCCAGUUUCUGACGAAAAGAGGAGUGAGCCUGAGGAAAGCACAAAUUACAUGCACGGCCAUUUUCAUUGUUUGGGGUGUCUUGGUCCAUCUGGUUAUUCCUCCAUUUGUCUUUAUGGUGACUGAAGGAUGGAGUUACAUUGAAGGCCUCUAUUUCUCAUUCAUCACUAUCACCACCAUAGGAUUUGGAGAUUUUGUUGCUGGUGUAAAUCCAGAUGCAAACUAUCAUUCCCUUUACAGAUAUUUUGUGGAGUUAUGGAUCUAUCUGGGAUUAGCUUGGCUUUCGCUCUUCGUUAACUGGAAGGUCAGUAUGUUUGUGGAAGUCCACAAAGCAAUCAAGAAACGGAGGAAAAAAAGAAAAGAGUCAUUUGACAACCAUCCUCGGUCUAAAAAACCCCUUCAAAUGGGUACCUCAAAGGAUGUCAACAUUUUCAGCUUUCUUUCAAAGAAGGAAGAGACCUACAAUGAUCUUAUAAAGCAAAUUGGGAAGAAGGCCCUGAAAACAAAUGACAAAAUGAUGAUAGUCGAAAAUGCCAAACAAAUGAAUGCCAGUAUAGAUGUUCAGGUGACUUACACAAAGACAGAGUCAUUUGAGUAUGAUGAGGCUUCCCUGGACAUUCAGAAUGGUCACGUACUGAGACCCCUGCAUGAUAAACGUAUGGGAGACAGCCCUUUAGAAGGAACCAUGUUUGUAAACCAGCUGGACAGGAUUAGUGAAGAAGAAGGCGAAGUGUGGGAUUCCAGAGACUAUCGACCCUUAAUAUUUGAGAACGCCAAUAUAACAUUUGUAAAUGAAGAUGAUGAUGAAGAGGAAGAUAUCUCAGAUGAUGAAGAAACGUCAAAAUCCUCCAUGGAUGAUAAUCUUGCAGAGGAAUCUGAAACUGCAAAAAAACUGGUAAAAUUCCCAUCCUCUGAUGAAUCUACCUUUACUAAUAACGAGCUAGAACUUUCUGUGCCUUAUGAACAACUGAUGAACGAAUAUAAUACAGUAAGCAAUGUGAAGGCUGCCACGUGAAUCUUGUUUGACAGUGGUUUUUGGGAAGUGGUCAGUACAUAAAGAACAUAUAGCAGAGCAAGGAGAAAAGUAUGUUUUUACAGCUUCUCCUGUCUCUUUGAAAACAAAAGCAAGUCCCAAACUAAGAAACUCCAGUUUCCUUUUCCCAUCAUAAGUUGGCUUUGAGCCCGUCAGCUUUGUUUUUCUGAAAAACUUGUAAAAUAACAGUUGAAUUUGGAGUCCCACUCCUUCUUGGGACUUUAUGGUUCUUGAACAACGUAGGACAAAAAGACUAGUUAAUACACUGGACCUGCUCUGGGUUCAUGCAUUUCGCUGAGGAACUGGUUUGGGAAUGUAACUAUACUGUGGCACAGAGACUGUUCUGAGCAUCAAAUGUGUUCGGUUACUCCAUUAGCCUUUCACUUCUGAAUCCUGCUUUGAUCACAAAUGAAAUCAAGGGGGUUGCCUGGCCAUGCUUAGCGAGAAGAUCUGAGCUGAGGUGCACUGGCAGACUGAGAAGGAAGUUUCUGAAACACCUGUCAAGAAUAUUUCAGUGCUUCUUAAAUUAUAGUCAAUUCUAAUUUCAUAAAUAAAAUACUAAAAUGAAAAAUUCCAAAGGAAUGGAUUGAGAAGGAGCCCUCUAACAAGGAAGAAUCAUCUAGGAGGAAGCUUACCAAUUGGGCUGCUAAACUGUACAUCAGCCCCAGAACUGUUAGAAUGAAGUGACUGGAAGACUUAUUGAUCAAAACAUGUAUGAGCACAAGCAGGAUGCAAUGAACUUUUUUAAUGUUGAAAGUGUCCUUCCACUGUCCAUUUCCUAAAGGAAAUACUUGAAUGAACCUUAUACAGUAUCUGUGUACAGGUGAAGUUUUAUUGACACUGUUCUUAUUAGGAAAAAAUCACCUUGGGAGGCACAGAUAUUUUCCAAAUGCCCUAAUGCCUGUCAGAAGGGACUGUAGCACUGCUGCUGAUCUGUGCAGUGUGUUAGUCAGUAUUGUUGUUUGAUGUUCCUCCCUGCCUUGGUACUUCAGACUAGACUUGAAUGGGAGAUGAUUUUUGAAACAAUUGAUUACACUUCGCAUAUUUGGGAGGUUUUUUAGAGUUUGUCCUGUUUGCAUAUACAAUGGUUAUACUAUCCCACUUUAAAGAAGGUUGGGCAAUAUCAAACCUUGGGGCAAAUUGAGAUGUGAUCAAGUGACUUCAGGCCAUAAGGCACUUUUUUUAAAAGGAACUUUGGCUCUAAGCUUCUGAAAGUAUUAUCUUUUGACUUGGAGAUGGGCUAUUCAUUAGGCAGAAAUAUGUCUGUUCAUAGUAUUUAUGCCCAAAUUAUUUUGGCUCCAAAGAAAAUUUUACCGUGGUUUUAUUUUUCUUCCUUUUUCCAUAUCUGUGCAUUAACCCUGACAGCUCUUUCAAAUGAGGCUCUUGAUUACAUGUUGGCAAAAGGUACGGACUUCAGUUGUAUCCAACAUACUUGGAACAAAAAAUAGCUAAGACCUUUGAACCUUAACACGUCACGUUCUGCUGUUUGUUUAGUUUUAGAGUAUUUAAGUCAUUCCAGUAUGUCCGAAGUUUUCCAAAGUUCAGUGAACAGUUAAAAGUUGUCUCAUUCUCAUUUUCAGUAUAAUGCUGGCAGACUCACUAACUCUGUAAGAAGAGCCUACGGAAUCUUGCAAUGCCAAUCUUGAAUUACUAGCUAUUUCUAAUAACUGCAAAUAUUGGCUGCAUCUGGCUUCUUCAGCAGAAGAAGGAGGAUGUGUGGGAAACUGGCACUUUGGUUGGAUAGUGUUUUGAAGUCAUCUACUGAGAAAUGAGGGACUGUCAUUACUGGUCUUUUCUUUUUUUCCUGGAAUUUUCCACAUAUAUGACAUUUUUUCAAAUAAAAAAAGUGAACACAAGGCUAGGGCCAACUCUGUUAUACUACAAAAAUGUGGGAUCAACAUAAUUGGAUGUGGUAGUUAAUCUGUAAUUUAUGACAGUAUCGCUGAAGAGAGAAUUCUCUUUUGAAAAUUUUAUUAUAUCAAUGCAAUUUGGAGUAGGGGUGCUUGGAUGUAUUUGCUUGUAUCUGACAAGAAAGAGGAAGAGGCCGUAUCAAGAAGGCUCUUACUUCCUUCUGAUAGCUUCCCUUCAUCCCCACUGUUUUAAAAUGACUCCAAACCCUUCAAGUAUUUGUAUAUAUCUGAAGGGUUGUGGUUGACAGCUGUGCCUUGUAACUGUAAGAAACAGUAGGUAAAGACUACUUGCAUGAUGCACAGAAUGCUUGUGUAGCAAGUCCAGCCUUUUUUUUAUAUAUAUUUUUUGUUUAAAAAAGUGCAUAUUAACUUAAAAGAAUAGAGCAAGCACUCCAUAUAGCUUUUGCUGUCCUCCAGCUUGUCUUCCAUUAUUGACGCGAAGAUUAAAGUUUUAGUAACAAUUAGAGAGCUACAGGACAAUGAGGAGAGAAAAGACUUGCUGAAAGUGCGUGAAAUGGAAAAAUAUAGUCCAAUCUUCAUUUGAAGAAAAAAAAAAAAAGGAAAAAAUUCUCUUUAAUACAGAAAUAAUACAACCCAGACACUUGGCUGGGCUGCUUUGAUUGGGAGGGGAUGUUGCACACUGGAACCCAGACUCUGUUCUCCAUAGCGAAGUGCACUUGUACGCCAGAGCUGAGAAUAGAUGGGAUCUGUUUCAUAUUAUCAAGCUAGAUGUGGCUCUUUGGCCUUUCCCAGUGUAGUCAGCAUAGACUAUAAGUCAGCAUAAUAAGUAUCAUGGGAUUUAAAGUAAUAGUUUAAAUUUAUUAAAACAAACUACAAUAUUCCCACUUUUUUGGGGAAACAUGAUCGCACCUCACAAAACUGUUCUCAAGAUAUCCCACCAUGUGCCUUAAUGUAAUCGUAACACUGAGAAAAAAAUUCCUUUUUACACAGGGGCCAACACAAUUGGUCUCAUUAAGCCCUACUUGUUUCAGUGUUUUGGAGUGGCUUAGUUGGCGCGUAGCCUUCAUACUGGCUCUCUCCAAAACCUGAACCAUUCCCAGGGAUUUUAAAAUUAUGGUGCCAUCUCAGAACUGCCGAAGUGCUAAGCAAGACAGCUUUUUGCCUGCCUGUCUUCCAUGUCUUGAGAAAAGCAGCUGCCUGGGGGAUCUAAAUUAAUGUCUUUCUGCCUUCAGAUUCUUGUGUAGUGACUUAAAGGGGUGGCCAGGCUGGGUUUUGAUCUGUUCAGCCUCAAAACUGCCUCUGAAUGAAUUCCUAGUGCUACUGGUUAUGUCUUGUAAUUAUUUCAAUUAUCUGGUCGAUCUGGAAGCAUUUUCUUUGGAUGUCAAUUAAGAUUUCAUUUGGUUAACUGAUAGUGUUAACACUUUUCUUGAUGCUGUGGAGUUGGGCUUACAGGUGAAACAGAUCUCUUCCUGGAAAGAGAGGAAAGGGGAAUUAUUAAAAAAGGAAAUGAAAAAAAGCUUAAAAGCACAUGUAAGGAAGGGAUGGAAUGGCAGUGGAAACUCUUCUUUUCUACUUAUUGCCUACAAGUAGUUGUAUUUCCAGUCACAUCCUGUGAAAGAUGGGUCCACUUACUAAUUUUGCCAAGAUGAGCCAGUACUUUAAAUUAUUUUUUUUUUUCCAAAAAAUAAAAAAUCCUGAAAUGUGACCACAGAAGUCGGUUCUUACAAAAGACCUUUUAAGUGCUGCAGACUAUGUGACCCCAUCCUUCGUGACAUCAUCGUGACACUUCUUGGUUUUGUAUUGUGUUACUGAAGCCUCUUUUUACCAGAAGGACAUCAUUUUCAGAUACCUGUCUUGCAUCAGGCAAUCUGACACAUCUGAUACACUGGUACGAAAUCACUGAGGAAAUACAAAAUUGGAGUGUUAAAUUUUUCUGAACUAAUGAUGCGUGAAUCUGUUGCUGGCAAUGGAUAUCACAAAGCAUGCAGAAGUAAAACCAGACUGAUAACAGAUCCAUGGUGACGCAUUUGUAUAUGUUGAGAUUUUAUAUUUCCUCCAGUUGAUCUGGGAGAGUGUGUAGCGACAGACAAGCACGACUGAUGAGGAGAGCAAAGAGCAAUAUACAAGUCUGUUGACCUAAAUAAAAGAACUCUGCUUUAGACUUGUAAUUUUUGUGCCUCGUGGGAUUCAUUCCAUUUGUGAUGGACUUAACUUUUAAAAAUCAGCUUGUCUUUCAUAUGGCUUUUGAAGUUUGUACAGCUCUGACUCUUAUCACUCCAUAAUAUGCCUGUCUGUCUGUCUUUGUUGCUGAUUGUCACUGGAAUCACACUGUAUGUAAAUAUUUGCUAAGUCUUUGUAAAAUGUAAUUUAUUUUAAUAUUUUGCAAUAAAAAUUUUACAAUUUA